AUUGCAUUUUUUACAUUUACACCAUUAAUAAGAAAGUCACAUGAAAGUGUUGGGAGCUCUCCCAUUUGGGGCCCGACCCGGGACGAAUUCAAAUAUAAUCGAACUUCUAAAAAGCGAAAAAAAAAAAAAAAGUCACAUGAAAGGAAAUCGAACGUGCCUAAGAAUUAGUACUUGCUAAAAUCUUCCAAAACAAAUCCUCCUCCUUUCUCCCUGUACCCCCCAUCGCCCCCCAAACCCCACCGCAACCCUCUCUGCAUCUCGAAAUUCUUCAUCUUAUACAUACAUUUUCAUAUAGAUAUACAUACACAUUGACCGGCGAUUCAUGGGGGCGUACAGAGCAGACGACGAUUACGAUUAUCUAUUCAAAGUUGUAUUGAUCGGCGAUUCCGGCGUCGGUAAAUCUAAUCUUCUUUCCAGAUUUACUCGUAACGAAUUCAGCCUCGAGUCAAAGUCAACCAUCGGCGUUGAAUUCGCCACUCGGAGUAUUCACGUUGAUGAUAAAGUUGUUAAAGCUCAGAUUUGGGAUACUGCCGGUCAGGAACGAUAUCGCGCAAUCACAAGUGCCUACUAUCGAGGAGCUGUUGGAGCAUUGCUUGUCUAUGAUGUCACCCGUCAUGUAACUUUUGAGAAUGUAGAGAGAUGGUUAAAAGAGCUUCGAGAUCACACCGACUCUAGCAUUGUCAUAAUGCUGGUGGGUAAUAAGGCUGAUUUGCGUCAUCUGCGGGCUGUUUCGACUGAGGAUGCCAAGGCAUUUGCCGAGAAGGAAAGUACAUUUUUCAUGGAAACGUCUGCUUUGGAGUCCAUGAACGUGGAAAGUGCCUUCACAGAAGUGCUUACUCAAAUACAUCGUGUUGUUAGCAGGAAAGCUCUUGAAGUAGGAGAUGACCCGGCAACACUACCCAAGGGACAGACAAUUAAUGUCGGAGGCAAGGAUGAUGUUUCUGAAGUAAAGAAAGCCGGGUGUUGUUCUGCUUAGAAGAAAGACUAAUCAAUCUAAGACUAAUCAAUCUAAACAGUGGAAGAGAAUCGUUUUGUUGGGUGUUGUUCUGCUUAGAAGAAAGACCAAUCAAUCUAAACUGUGGAAGAGAAUCUUUUUGUUUUGAGCUAACUUUCUGAAGGCAGUUGUACUCCAACCUCUAUAUACUAGGAAGUAACAACAUAGCUUUAUUUCUGGAUAUAGCUUCAUUUCUGGAUCACUAGGCAUUGUUGAAUUAAGUGCAGCUCCAAGAUUGAAUAUCCAAGUGAUUUGACAGCAUUCUUUAUCCUUGUUUCUAUAUUUUGCUUCCAUUGGUCAAUGAUUUAUAAUAUUAGCUGCUUAUGGAUCUCCAAAAUAGGGUAUAUUUGUUUCGAAAAGAUUCGGAUUGAGACAUGUAUUAAACUGUGAACACAUUUUACUAUGACUUGUACCUUAAUUGUUUGAUCAGUUGUGGACUGAGGAAUAUUUUCAAUUUCUUAAUUUUACAGAAGUUAAUUGCACGCA